UGGCUGAUGUCCAAUCACGAUGGCAGGAAUUGCCGUCAUAAACGUUCGUGUUGCCAAGAUAGAAAAAAUGACAAAGGUCUACGUUGCCAAUGACUUGACAGAAGACGUCAUUCUUUUUAUGGACUUUUUGGAGGAUAAUCAAUGCAUCGUUGAUUACGAAGCUAUGACGUUGUCAGCAGGAGGUGGUGUGGUUUCCCUGGAACAUAACCAAGGUACGGUUUACGACUGUAACGUUUGUUUGCUGGAAACACUUAAAAUACACGCCAACACUGAAGUCUCGCUUCCAUGCAAAAUUAACUCAAUAUCUAACUUUGAACAAAACGAUGUAUUUAUUGAAAGAUGCCCUUCCUUUUUCCAAAAAUACGAAGUACUAACCGCGGUAUGCGUAUCCAGGGCUAUUGCCAAUGUGGUGGGAGUAAGAUUAGCGUCGCAUGUCGGAACACCAAAAGAAGGAACCCUGUAGCUGUAGUACUGGUGCGAAAGAAAGACGGGAGCACCCGAUUUUGUGUCGACUACAGGGCAUUGAAUGACACAACAAAAAAACACAGCUAUCCUCUACCUAGAG